CCUGCUUCCCAUCGUUAUUGCUCUAUAAAAAAAAAAAAAGCUUCAAUGGGACCAUUUCACAAACACUGAGAACUCAUCAAAACCAUUAGCUUUAGGUACAGAAAGACGAUGCAUCCCUCUCCAUUGACGUUGGUGGUGAUAGCUUUAUACGCAAUUCUGUUUGUAUCAUCGGGAGGCUUGGCCUCUGCUCAGCUAUCUCCAACAUUUUACGAUCAAAGCUGCCCAAAUGUCUCCUCCAUUAUCCGUGGAGUCAUCGCAGAAGCCCUGCAAACUGAUACAAGGAUUGGUGGCAGCCUCAUCAGGCUUCACUUCCAUGACUGCUUUGUCCAAGGCUGUGAUGCUUCAAUCUUGUUGGACAACAGUGCUACUAUAGAGAGUGAGAAGGAAGCUCUUCCUAAUAAUAACUCAGCCAGAGGGUUCGAUGUUGUUGAUAAAAUGAAGGGUAGAUUGGAGAGUGCUUGCCCCGGCGUUGUUUCUUGUGCUGAUAUUCUCGCUGUUGCAGCUCAAGAAUCUGUUGCUUUGGCAGGAGGGCCAAUAUGGAGCACUCAACUUGGAAGGAGAGAUAGCACAACGGCGAACAGAAGUCUAGCUAAUACUAGCCUUCCAGGUCCCUUCUUGACCCUUGAGGGUCUCAAGUCCGCCUUCACGGCCGUCGGCCUCAACAACGACACUGAUCUAGUUGCCCUAUCUGGUGCUCAUACAUUUGGAAGAGCUCGAUGUGGAGCCUUUAUCCAACGAUUAUACAACUUCAAUAACACUGGUCUCCCAGACCCAACAUUAAAUACAACCUAUUUGCAGACACUUCAACAGAUAUGUCCUCAAGGAGGAAACACAACUGUAAUAAAUAAUCUCGAUCUCACAACUCCUGAUAUUUUUGACAAUGAUUAUUACUCAAAUCUUUUAGCUGGGGAAGGCCUUCUCCAGACCGAUCAGGAACUGUUUUCAACUCCUGGGGCCGAUACUGUUGAUAUUGUGAGAAAUUUUAGUGGUAAUCAGACUGCUUUCUUUGAAAGCUUUGUGGUGUCCAUGCUCAAAAUGGGAAAUCUCAACGUUUCAACAGGAACAGCUGGAGAGAUUCGAUUGAACUGUAGUAAAGUUAAUGGAGUCGGAGCAGACACCCUUCUUAUUAGCUCUAUGUGAUCUAAUAAGAAUAUUGUAUGCAUACUAAAAUAAAAAGCGAAAAAUACACUGAUGUAUGCAUGUAUGACUUACUUUAUAAUUUAUGGAAUAAAUCGAUUUUCACGUGA